AUGGCGUCUCCAACCACCAUGAUCGAUAUCCUGCUGGCUCACCCUUUCGUGGUGAUUCUGUCAACGAUACUACUGAUCCCAAGCGUAAUACUAGCCUACGACGUCUACGCCUGGUAUCACCUCCCUCCAGGCCCAAUACCGCUUCCUUUCCUAGGCUCAAACCACUUGAUACCCAAAUCACAACCCUGGCUCCAAUUCGAAGAAUGGUCCCGCCAAUACGGCGGCAUCUAUACUCUAUGGAUCGGCCGUAAACCGACUCUCAUAAUUUCCGAUCCACAGAUAGCCGUAGAUCUUAUGGAGAAGAAAUCACAAAAGUACUCUUCUCGUCCACGAAUGGUCGUAAUGGGCGAAGUGUACAAUGGCAAUUCCUCCAUUCUGACUCAGCCAUACGGAAAGGCUUGGUCAAUCAGAAGGAAACUACUUCAUCAGGCUCUCAACCCAAAGGCGCUGAGAUUAUACAAGCCUACCCAGGAAGCUGAAGCAACGAGAUUAUGCAAUGCGCUCCUUCACAAUCCAUCAGGAUGGGAAAAAGAGCUCGAGCGCUUCACGAGCAGCGUCGUCUUCUGCGUGGCGUACGGCCACCGCAUCGACUCCCUAAAAGCACAAGUCAUUGCCGACCGGUUCCGCUUCAUGCACUUCCAAGCCAGCUUGAACAUACCCGGAAAGUACCUAGCCGAGACCUUCCCAUUCCUCUCACUCCUCCCAACCUUUCUCGCACCCUGGAAACGAGAAGUCCAAGCCAUGGGAGCCGAAGAGGGCAAAGCAAACCUUCAGCUCCUAGAAAUGGUGAAGCAAGACAUGGCCCAAGCCAAAGCCACCGGCAACCCCGAAACCGUCCCAGACAGCCUCUGCAAGCUCCUCCUCGAGCUACGAGAAAAAGAACCAGUCCCCCUAAGCGAGACCCACUUUUCCUACGUCCCUGCAUCCCUCUUCGGCGCCGGCAGCGACACAACAGCCUCCACUCUCUGCACCGCCUUCCUAGCUCUGAUAACCCACCCAAGCGUCCUCCGCACAGCCCAGGCAGAACUCGACUCCAUGAUCGGCAGCACCAGAACCCCAACCUUCGCCGACGAACCCUCCCUCCCCUACCUUCGCGCCCUUGUAAAGGAAACCCUGCGCUGGCGUCCUGUAGCCGUGCUAGGCGGCACCCCGCACGCCAGCACUGAACCAGAUGUAUACAACACCUUCCGCAUCCCCACCGGAACCACAAUCCUAGGAAAUACCUGGGCGAUAAACCUCAACCCAGCCUACUACCCCAACCCACACCUCUUCAACCCGAUCCGCUUCCUCUCCACCCCCGAACUAGGCGCGAUGGGAAUCGAGAAACAGCCCCACGCCGGCACCAAAACGCACCCAGCGAAAGGAGCAGGCCAUAGUUCCUUCGGCUGGGGUCGGCGGAUCUGUCCCGGUGCCGAUUUAGCGGUGAAUUCGCUCUUUAUUGCUCUAGCCAAGCUGAUCUGGGCCUAUGACAUCCUAUCCAUCGAUGGGGAGAAAUAUGACAUCUUCGCUUACACGGACGGAUUCAAUGUCCGGCCGCGGAAAUUCGACUGUAUCGUACGAGUGAGGAGUCAGCGGCAUCGGGAGGUUUUGGAGAGGGAGCAGGGGUUGGCUGAGGAGUGGUUGGGACGCUUUCCCGCGUUUGGGGAAUGA